AUGAACAGUAAAAAAACUGAACCCAAGAAACGGACACCAAGCGAAAAGGCCUUGCGCCGACUUGCACAGGAGUCCAAGGAUGAAGGUAAAAAGUCACGGAAAUUUCAUAAAAAGUUCCCUCACCACCGCACUUUUACCGAUGUCGUCAUUCCAACUGAACCAGCAACACUCUCUAACCCAGCAAGCCCGUCUCUUCCAACGAUGAUGACUCUUCCGGAUUUGACGCGAGCUAGUGGGAAAAGACGCAGACGCUCAUCGCCAACUGGAUCUUUAGCUAAAUCUACAAUGCAGGCUCUCUUAAGCCCUGUAUCGGAGACAUCAUCAGCUCCAUCUUCUUCGUCCUCUUCGUCAUCAGCCUCUAUUUCACUCCAGCACAAGUCGAAAAAAUCUUCCCAUAAGAAAUCAUCUAAAGAAGUUUUGCCAGAGGCACCUGUUCGCCAGGAAUCGCCAUCUUUAUAUCUCGGUUCAUUUACUCUUUCGUUAAAUGAUCCAGUUGAAACUAUCGAACAAAAGGAAGAAGAAGAAAAAAAAGAAAAAGAAGAAAAAGAAGCAGUCACAAAACCAAAACGCAAAUCAAAGGAAAAAUCUGCUAUUCUACAUGAAAAUAUUAAGCCACAGUUCAUUGUCGAGCCUAACACCAAGAUUGCCAGUAUGCUGCGCGUGUCAGAUCUGCGCGACCUGGUACUCUAUUUGCUAGCUGAUGGCCGUGCGCCGAGCUGGGUCGGCAUCAAGCAGAGCUUUGCCAUCCACCGUAUAGUCAGCAUCUAUGUUCCAUCUCUUUCGCCUUCCAUGUUUAACGGACUCAAUAUUUCCAGCGCGCAGCCCCAAACAUUUGAGUCAUCUUUGGGCUUUUUCCACAGUAACUUUGAACAUGCUUGGGUUGUUGAAUCCCCAGGGAACAAGCACGCCAUUUUUUCUCCCACUGAAACAUUUCUUUAUUUGAUGGCCAAUUCACAUGACCGCAGUGUUAUGAAGGUAAACCAAAAUAAAAACCCCAAGAGUGUUUCUCCCUUGGAUCUGAUUUUGACCCUUGAAGAGCUUAUGUUUAACCGAUAUCCUGUCCAUCCAGACACAACAGGAGCUGCAAUUGCUUCAUCACAAAAUAUUGAGAUUUUGGAGCCUCCAGGGGAGGACUGGGUUGACACUAAACCUUUAGAUUUUGGAGCACCGCGUGUCUUUGCAAUUGAUUGCGAAAUGUGUGAAACUUGUGAGGGGAAAGAAUUAACUCGUGUUACUAUUGUUGGGGGGGAUGGAGAUGUUGUUUUGGAUGAACUUGUGAAACCCUUUAACCAGAUUUCCAAUUACCUUUCUCAGUAUUCAGGUAUUACAGCUAAAAUGCUUGACCCGAUAAAUACCCGUCUUUCAGAAGUACAAGAACGUAUUCUAUCUUUGAUAUCUUCAGAUGAUAUUAUCAUUGGCCACUCGUUAGAAAAUGACUUGAUUGCUCUUAAAAUGCGUCACCCACGCGUUAUUGACACUGCUGUUGCGUACCAUAGUGAAACUAGUAUCCAUCACAAGCCUUCUUUGAAGAACUUGGCCAAAUCGUUUUUAAAGCGCGACAUUCAAACCAGCCAUGAAGGCCACGACUCGAAAGAGGAUGCUGAAACUUGUUUGGAUCUAUUAGACUUGAAGCUCAAGUAUGGUGCAACUUUUGGUCACACUCAGGUAAAUGGGAAAAUCUCGUUGGCCGAUCGAUUAAGUCACGUUUCUCCUAGGGAUCCUAAAUUGCGGCCUGUGGCUGUUGUUGAUUAUGGCGUACCUAAUUGGGCAUGUUCUUCUGCCCAAACCAUUGUUUCAUGCACUGAUGAUGAUGAAGUUAUUAAACAUUCUGGCAAGGCUGUUAAUGGGCAUAGUUUUACAUGGGCUCGGUUACGUGAGCUUGAACUUUUAUCUGAAACAGCUCUUUCACCCAGACGAUUCCGCAAGGGAGGUCCUGGGGUAUCAGGGAAUAGCUUGCAAAAUCCUAUUGAUUGCUCUGUGGUUUCACAAAGCUGUGAGAGGCUUGGCGAACGACUUGAAAACCUUUAUCAGAGUUUACCUGCAAAUACAGCAGUGCUUGUGUGGACAGGCCAUGGUGAUAAGCGUGCAAUGCUGGAACUUAAUGCUAAGAGACAGCAAUAUCAGUACGAGUACCGCACAAAAAAUUGGCGGGACAUUACUUGUGCUUGGACAGACCAUGACGCUCAGGCCUUGGUAGCUGCUACAGAUGUGGCUCGCAAAGGUCUUGCAUUUUUGACAGUCAAAAGAUAA